AUGGACGGUUGGCAGAAGCCAUUCGAAGACCUCUUGGGAAGGAUUUCUCCGGAUUUUGUAAUCCAUGAUAUGACGCAGUACUGGGCUUCUCGUAUAGCCGACAAAUUGGGCAUUCCCACCAUAUUUUUCGCCAACACUUCUGCCACUGGUGUAGGAUACCUUGUAGGCCAUAGAGCCGCGAUAGAAGAGAAGGGCAUACCAGUCCCAGAUCUGACGGUGCCGCCGCCUAGUUUCCCCUCGCCGAACAUCCGCCUUUCACCAUUUGGAGUGUCCAAAUUCCUGAAGGGGAUCCAGAAGAGGGAAGGGCGCAUCAACGUGGGAGAGCGGUUUGGCCUGUGCACGAAGAGUAGUUGGGUGAUAGUGUUAAAUACAUGUGUAGAAUUGGAAAGAGAAUAUGUGGACUAUUUGCAAACAGUUAUUGCUCGGCCCGUGCUUCCCAUGGGAAUACUGUUGCCCGAUCUGCCACCCCCUCCGACUGCGGACCGUUGUUUGGCCUGGCUGGAUCUGCAGCAUCCCCGUUCUGUGGUGUUCGUGUCCUAUGGCAGCGAAUGUAUCCUCACCAGCCAGGAACUCGCUGCAUUGGCGCUGGGCUUAGAAGAAAGUGAGGUCCCAUUUCUGUGUGUUGUUCUCCGGCAGAUGGCAGUUGCGUUGCCCCAAGGCUUUGUGCAGCGCACACAAGGAAGAGGACUUUUGGUGACCGAAUGGGUGCCUCAGUUGCACAUUCUCAGCCAUUCUUCCGUGGGAGCGUUUCUCACUCACUGUGGGUGGAAUUCUGUAACGGAAGGGUUAAGAUUUGGCGUUCCACUUGUCACAUCUCCAUUGCAACACGAACAGAGCUUAAAUGCUAAGCUCAUAGCCGAGGAACUCAAGUUGGGGGUGGAGAUCAGGAGAAAUGAGGAGGAUGAUUCUUUUUCCAAGGAAGAAGUCAGUAAAGCUGUUCGCACAUUAAUGGUGGAAGAGGAAGGCAGAUACAUCAGAUCUCACGUUCAAGAAAUUGCUAAACAAGCUAUGUUGGAUAGUGAUGGAAGUGUGCAACUGGAAACAGAAUUAGCAAUUUCAGGAAUGCAAUUCCAAUCAAAAUGUAUUUUCUAUAUUGAGUUUAAAGAUGAAGAGAAAAAAGAGCCAGUUAUAAUUGAAGACAAAGAGGUUAUUGGAUGA